AUGCGGCAGUCGAUUUUAUCAAUGUCCGUUGGAGUUUUCGUUGGAAUUUUUCUAAUGUACAUGUACAACCAAGUGAGUAGACCUGCCCAAUGGGUGCUUCCGAAUAACCGUCAGGUUGUGGUCGAGAAAGCCGUAUCCUUUAACGUGGAUGCUAACGACACGCAUCAUCAUCAUAGCUCGAAUUAUAAAGCAGCACAACAAGAGUAUACUGAUACUAAAGUUCUGUGUUGGGUCAUGACCAAUCCCAAGAAUCAUAAAACUAAAUGUAAGCCUAUCAAAGAAACUUGGGGCAAGAGGUGUAAUAUCCUGCUAUUUAUGAGCUCGGAGACUGAUGACAGCUUACCCUCGGUCGCACUUAAAGUACCGGAAGGACGAGAGAAUUUAUGGUUAAAAACAAAAGCGGCGUGGAAGUAUGUUCAAAAGCACUAUCUCUAUCGCGCGGAUUGGUUCCUAAAGGCGGACGACGACACCUUCACGGUUGUGGAGAAUUUACGUCAUUUUGUGUCACAUUAUGACUCGGAGAAGCCGUACUAUUUUGGUCGAAAGUUUAAACCAUUUGGUUCGUAUAACAGUGGUGGAGCUGGUUAUGUAUUUAGCCGAGAAACAGUUCGUCGGUUCGGCGAGGUAAUCGAAGACAAAUCCCGUUGUCCAGAGGCUAGUUUUGCUGAAGAUGUAGAAGUCGGACGAUGCUUAGCGAAGAUGGGCGUCCUAGCGGAGAACACCCUAGACGAAAGAGGGCGGGAGAUGUUCCACCCCCUCCCGCCCGAACAUCAUCUGAUACCGGGCUACCUGAACAAGGAUUUCUGGCUCUGGAGUUAUAAUUUCCAUUCGUAUAAAGAUGGUCCUGAAUGUUGUUCGGACUAUUCGAUAACUUUUCAUUAUAUUAACCCUAAUAUGAUGUAUCAGCUGGAGUAUUUUAUUUAUCAUCUACGAGCUUUUGGUAGCGAGAAAAAUUAA